UUAUAUCAGACAUGUUUUUUGGAUGGUCAGCAAAUAUAGCUCAUGAAUUUGGAAUUUUUCAUGUCAUUUUUAGUGGGGCUGGUGGUUUUGGCUUGGCAUGUUAUUACUCUAUGUGGCUAAAUUUGCCUCAUAAAAAAACAGAAAACUUUGUUUUUACUAUGCCUGAUUUUCAAGAAGGUGGUAAUCUUGAUGUUAGUCAAUUGAAUCCAAGUCUAUUAGAAGCUGAUUCUAAUGAUCCUUACACAAAUUUCAACUGGAAAAAUCUUCCUAACUGGAUUAACUCUGAUGGGAUUCUUUUCAAUACAAUUGAAGGUCUAGACAAGCUUGGAUUAACAUAUUUUCGUCGAAAAUUAGGAAUACCUGUUUGGGCAAUAGGACCAAUACCUUGGCCAGUAAGUAAUAAACAAAGAGUUGGCAAUGAAACAGGUGAAGAAACAGAGAAGUUCAUCAAAUUUCUUGAUGAAAAAGAAGAAGAAUCAGUACUUUACAUUUCUUUUGGCUCUCAGAACAGAAUAUCAACAUCACAAAUGAUGGAAUUGGCAAAAGCCUUGGAUAAUGCAAGUAGAGUAAACUUCAUAUGGGCUGUUAGGCCUCCUUUGGGUUUUGACAUAAACAUGGAAUUCAGAGGAGAGGAGUGGCUUCCUGAGGGGUUUGUUCAACGUGUUUUCGAGGAUCAAAAUAGGGGACUUAUAGUGCCAAAAUGGGCUCCUCAGGUUGAAAUCUUGGCACACAAAUCAAUUGGAGCUUUCUUGACACAUUGUGGAUGGAACUCAGUGUUGGAAUCACUUGAAAAUGGAGUGCCACUUCUAGGUUGGCCUAUUGCAGCAGAGCAAUUUUACAAUGCAAAGUUCUUGGAACAAGAUGUUGGUGUAUGUGUUGAGGUAGCUAGAGGGAAUAAUUCUCAAGUUAAGCAUGAGGAUAUAUUGGAGAAAAUUGAUGUUGUUAUGGGCGUAAAUGAGAAAGGGAAUGAAAUUAGAAGGAAAGCUUGUGAAGUUAAAGAAAUGAUAAAUAAUGCUAUUAUAGAUGAUGAAGAUUUAAAAGGGUCAUCUAUUAGAGCAAUGGAUGAGUUUCUUAAUGCAGCUUUGUCCAUGAACAAAUUAUCAAAUGAUGGAAGGAUUAAUGGUAAUAGUUGA